AUUACACACUUGUUAUUCCCAACAGGGCAGAGGAGGCAGGUGAAGUGGCUUCCAAAAUGAUUGGUGACAUGCUGGUGACGAAGCAGACUGGAGAGAAGGGUGUUCCCUGUAACAAAGUUAUGGUGUGUGAGCGAAAGUUUCCCCGUCGGGAAUUUUACCUGGCCAUCAUGAUGGAGCGAUCUUAUGGUGGACCUGUCAUCAUUGCAUCAGCACAAGGAGGCAUCAACAUUGAGGAAGUGGCUGAAGAGAGCCCAGAAGCAAUCAUCAAAGUCCCCAUCGAUAUUUCUGAAGGAGUUACAGAUGAGAAAGCAGAGAUUCUGGCAAAGCAGCUUGGCUUGGAAUCUCGCCUAGAAGAAACAGUAUCAGUGGUAAAGGCAUUGUAUGCAGCCUUCAUCAGCAAUGAUGCAUCAAUGAUCGAGAUCAAUCCCUAUGCUGAAGACACUUAUGGAAAAAUGUAUGCCCUGGAUGCUAAGAUGCGGUUUGAUGACAAUGCUGAGUUCCGUCAGAAAGAAAUAUUUGAUGAACGUGAUUGGUCACAAGAAGAUGCAAAAGAAGUAGAAGCCUCCAGGUAUAACCUGAACUACAUUGCUCUGGAUGGUAACAUUGGGUGCCUUGUAAAUGGUGCUGGCUUGGCUAUGGCCACCAUGGACAUUAUCAAACUACAUGGGGGCUCACCAGCCAACUUCCUUGAUGUAGGUGGAGGAGCUACAGCAGAGCAGGUCAAGGAGGCUUUCAAGAUCAUUACAGCAGAUCCCAAGGUACAUGCCAUUAUGGUUAACAUCUUUGGAGGUAUCAUGCGCUGUGACGUCAUCGCCCAGGGUGUCAUAGCAGCUGCUGAAGAGCUUUCACUCAGGAUCCCCAUUGUAGUACGCCUCCAGGGAACAAAUGUUGAUGAUGCAAAGGCCCUCAUUGCAAUGUCCAACCUAAGAAUUCUUCCUUGCGACAACCUUGAUGAUGCAGCAAAGAUGGCUGUGAAACUCUCCAACAUCAUCACUCUCGCCAAAGCAGCCAAUGUUGAUGUCAAGUUUGAGUUGCCAGUUUAGAUGGGGCAUGUAAACAAACUAAUGUACAGAGCUAGUAAAACUUGUCAGUUUUUUAUUCUUUAAUUUGUUGCUGACGAAGAAAAGUAGAUUAUAUUGUAACAAAUGUUUUUGUUUAUUUUGUACAGUAAAAAUUACCAUAACAAAAAACUGCUGAAGUGUACAUUUCAGUAUAGCAGGGUUGGCGGUUUAAACCAAAUGGUUUAAACCAACUAAUAAAACAAUUUUUUUUUCUUUUGUGUGUAUCUUUGUUAGUUUCAUCAGUAUUGUGGUUUUAACUAUAUGUAAGAUUUUAAUUAUGUACAACAGGGUUGGCGGUUUAAUCCAGGGGUUUCAAACUCAAAACCCUUGGAGGGCCAAUUCAUACUCUGAAUGUUAUAUGCAUUUGCUCAGUAAGUUUCAGAAAACAAUAAGUUUGAAUAAGUAUUGUACUACAUUUGAAUUUACACAUAAUUUAGCUACCAGUAUUUUUCUGUAUGCAUUGUUGGAAAGGAUUUUUUUUAAACAAUUUAUCUGCUGUUUAA